GAAGAAAUGAAUUUGUAGACAGAUCAUAUUUAGUUUUUAAAUAUUGAAAUAUACAUACAUAUCUGUCAAAUAUUUGUCUUGAUAAGCUACUAAUUACGUUUUCAUAUAAUAAUAUUUAUAUUAGUGCAAUAUACAUAAUGUCUUCGUUAAGUAGACAAGUGAUCAAUGAUAACUGGAAUAGUUUAAUUCAAGAUUUGCAAGAGGAUGUUAUCUUGGAAAGCAAAUCUAUUUUAACAGAAGAUGAAUUUGAAACGAUAAACAGUCUUGGCAGUGAUCAGCAAAUGAUUGAACACUUUCUACACACAAUUAUUAAGAAAUCAACCAAGGAACUUAUCAUCUUUAUUGAAAGUUUACAUUUGUAUUACCCAUGGUUAUAUAGCAAUCUCAGCAAUACAAUUGAAAAAUAUAGAAGAACUGAACCAUUUUAUGAAGUGAAAAUGCUAGGUGGAAUACCUAAUUUACCCCAACGGAUGGUUGAACGAACAGAUCUGCUUAGCAAAUUAAAAAAUUCUCUCAAGAAACUUAAUAAAGGAGAAUAUACUGUUCUUCAUGGAAUGUUAGGUUGUGGAAAAACUACACUUGCUGCCGCUGCACUUAGUGAUUAUGAAUUGAUCAAAACUUACUUUAAGGGUUCCGUGUAUUGGUUGACUGUCGGAAAAGUUGGUAAAGAAGAUUUAGGAUUUCUUCAACAGCAGUUAAAUGAAAGAUUUCCAGAUCCAAUACAACUCUCUCCUUCAUCACAUUUAGCUACUAUUCAGCUUACUAAAAUGUUGAUUGAAAAGGGUUUAUGUGACAAUCUAAUUGUUCUUGAUGAUGUUAAGGACAAAAUGGUGCUAGACUGUUUUGCGAUUGGUGCAAAGUUUCUUGUUAUUACUGAAGAUAAGGGUGUCAUUGGAAAUCAGAUUGAAUCUCUUGUUCAUUGUAUUAAGGUAGAUGAAGGCUUUAACUUAGAUGAAACUCUUGAGCUGUUUUCAAAAAGUUUACACAUUAAAGACAUUGCAUUGCCCAGGCAAGCUUCAGAUAUCCACCAGUAUACAAAAGGCCAUCCUUUGACUAUAUCAUUGAUUGCUGGCCAAUUGGAAAAUUAUAGAGAUAGUGUUGUAAAAGACAGUUCUCGAUGGGAUCAUUACGUUAAAAUGCUAUCCAACAAAAACAGGAGAAGAAGUUUAAAUGAUUUACAGAGCUUUUACAAUGCGAUGCAAGAAUCAGUUGAAUCAUUAGGAGAGAAUAAAAUUCUUUUCCAGCAAUUAGCAGUAUUUGUCAAAGAUGUUAACAUCAAGCCUGAGGUUCUAGGAAUAUUAUGGAAAAUGGACAAAUAUGAUGCAGAGGGAAUAAUGGUUGAUUUUGUUAAAAAAUCUCUUGCUGUUAUGAAAUGGAACGAGUUACAGAAUAGUUAUGUUUAUGGUGUGCAUGAUCUUGUUUCAAAUUUUCUGAAAAAUCAUCUCUCCAUGUCUGAAGAACAGGAACUACAUAAACAUUUCAUUUUAAACUACAAGGACGAGUGUCAGGGAAUAUGGUCUAAUUUACCUAAAAAUGAUAAUUACAUUUUUUAUUAUAUUGGAUACCACUUGAAAAAGGCAGGUGUGGCUUUUCACCAUUAUUUCAACAAUCUCUACUUUGAUCUUCCAUUUUUAGAAGCUAAACUUCGAGUGUGCGGCCCUGCAGAUUUAAUUCAAGAUUACAAAAAUUAUAAAUCAUUAAUUACAAGUCAGACUGAUGAAUUGAAAAAAAAGGCUGAAGAAUUCUGCACUUUUAUUGAAUAUCAUGGAAUUUCAAUAGCUAAUGGAAUAGCCAUAAUUCAGGCUGCUCUUCAAGAACCAACCACUUCCAGUGUCCAUGUGGCAGCUGUUCAUUUGGCCAAGAGCAAGAAAUGCAAAGAACUUUAUUUACAUUCCUCCCCGCUUAGUGAGGUUGACAGAGUAAUUUUACCUGAUACUCUAGAAAUAAAUGAAGAAAUAAAAAUUGUUUGUUUUGGAAGAACGACCAAUGAAGUCAUUAUUGCUUCUGGGCCCACAGGAAAAACUUUGAAGCUUUAUAAUAUUAGGGCUAAAGGUGUCUUGAAAGAAUACAUAGGUCACACAAAUAAAAUUACUAGUCUUGAUGUAUCGAAUAAUAAAUCAUUACUUCUCUCUUCCUCAAUGGAUAAUACCAUUCGAAUAUGGUCUUUGGGAAAUGGAGAAUCUUCUCCAGGUGACAGAAGCCCUUCUCCAACAGAAAAAAGACAAUUGGACUUUAUGAAUUUAUUUAAUGCUUUUCCAAACAAUGGUGCUGGCAUAACUAAUGCUUUAUAUGUACUUAAACAUUGUUAUCCUGUAUUAUGGAGUGUUUUUUCUAAAAGAGAUUCUUCAUUGAUUGCCAGUUUGGGGCCCACUAAUAUCAGUAUUUGGAUAUUGGAUAAACAAAAAUGGGAAAUUAAGUAUGAUCCUUCGUCUCAAUUCAGAUGUCUUGAUUUUUUGGAGGAACAGUAUGUUGCUGCUGGUGGUUCUGGCAAAAUAGUAUUAUAUUUAUUAGAUUCUGGCGCACAAUACCAGCAGAUAAACUAUAAUGAUUUUAUUUCUUUACGCUCACUUCCUGAGUCACUUGGAGGAGGACUAGUAAUAUUGACAAAAGAUAGGUUGACUGUGUAUUCUCAAACAACAAAAGAAAAUUGUCUUAAUGCCCCACUUUCUACAAAUUGUUUUAAACAAUUGCACAGUGUUGGAACAAAUAUUGCUACCACUACAGAGUCAGGAGAAUUAUUUGUUUUUCAUUUCUUUACUGGUUCGAUUGUUUACCAUGUUCCUCUUAUGACAAGCCAACUUAACAGUGUUUGUGUAAAUGAUAAAGCAAUACUGUUGGGUUAUUCUAACGGUUCUUUGUAUUUAAAUACGCUUGAUGAUUUACUGUCCCCUUUGACCUCAAUAAAGUGGAAACUUGAUAAUGAACCUGUACUCAUUAAAAUGGAACAUUCUCAGGAAAACAUUGAGCUUGUGAUUGGUAAGAAAAAGAAAAUCAUUGCUGAAAGAAGUACAAAAAUUAAACUAGCUGAUAUUUCAGCAGAUGGUAAAAUCAUAGUUUUGGCUUAUGAGGGAGGAAGAAUAGCUUACAGAGAGUUAGACAAGGAAUACGAUGAGACAAUAGUCGAUGAAAAUACAGUUCCUUUUAAAUUAUAUUUUAUAGAAGGUGAUAUAGAAAAAUUCGUUGUUGCUUUUUAUGAAAAUAAAGAAGCUUUGUUGUGGAAGGUUUCAGAAAAAACAUUAGUUAAAUUAAGUGAUGAAAGAUCUAUAGGCUGCUCCUCGGCAAGUUACCUAAGGUUAGGGGACCACCCUUGUCUUAUAACAAAUGCUCCAAUGACUAUUUGGGACUUAUUUGGAAAACCGAUUGAUUGCAGGCUAUCUGGCAUUCACCAGUCUGUGAUUGCUUGUUGUGUUAGACCAGACUUAAAAACAUUUGUAUAUGCCGUUCCAGAAAAAACAUGGCUUGUUGAUUCAUUUCACAAUGAAAUAAAUCUAAAUAUGAAGUCAGGACUUCUAGCCUUCUCUCCAUCUGGAAAAAUUCUUGCUGCGCUUAGCCAGCAAGGAGUUUUAACUAUUUUUGACUGUUUGAAAAAAAUGCCUGGAUUCAGUACGGAAAUUCCAGAUAAUAGCACAUGUUUAGCAGUUUCUGAUUCAGGAUGUGUUUGCAUUGGUGGGAGUAACCAUCUUUCAAUAUUUACCAAAGAGGGAUUAUCUUCUAAAAUUGUUCUGAACACAAGGUCCGUUGUUACAAAACCAAAUGGUGAAGAUAAGUUCGCUGUUGUCGGUAGUUCUGGAAUAGUAUAUAUUGUCUAUUUAGACGUCAUUAAUGGUGAAGAAGAAAUCCCAAUGAAUUAAUUAAUUAGUCUUUUAUUUCCAAAGUGAAUCCUAAUCAUCAUUGACAAAUUUCAAGGAAUAUGAACUACUACAUUUUUCAUUCUGAUCGUGAUUUUAAAAUAAAUUAAACAAUUUUUCAUUUAUAGAACAUUUUCCAAAAAAUUGUUGAUGAUUUUAGUAUUCGCUAAACAACAUUUAAAGUUUACAGCCGGUUUUGCAACAAAAAUGGUUAUAGGGUUUGUUUUGGUAAGAAAACAAAGUUAUUAAUAUUAUUACAAUUUUAAAGGGGACCCUACACGGUCAAUCGGAAUUGCACUAAUGAGGUUCCGAAUUGUCCUGUAAGGUAGUGAAUGAAGUACUGAUGGUGGUGCGCUGCGGAUUUCCGAACAUCCGGAAAUCAAAGGUUCAUUCACAAGAAGUGAUAGGUUAGGUUAGGUU